UCCGUCGUUUCGAAGUUUUGACCGAGUACGGUGAGUUGCCUUGUUUAUUUGUCUUUUACCGGGUAUUGCGUUAAGUUUAUAUGUUUUAAAGUAUCUUAGCUGUGCUUUCAAAACACGCAACGUUUAAGUGUAGUUUUCGGCCAACUGUUACAUUUUUCUUUGUUUUCAAUCAAAUCGCGGCGAAUUGUCUGUUUACACGUGCGAUCGAACGUGGAUUGAAACUCAGCGCAAGCAACUCAGAUGAAUUUUCGAUAUUCAGUUCUUGGUUACUGAAGGACGAACGAUUUAGAAACUUAGAGAAAACAGAUUUGCAACUGAAGGUUCCUGCAGAACACUACAUAUACCACGAGGGAAAAAAUAUGCAAAUUAGUUUGAGGGUAAAUUGAAUUCGAGGGGGUGGAGGUGGGAAUACAAAGGGAAAGGUGACUGAGAAGUGUGAAUGAGGACGUAAUCUGAUGCCUCCCCCCCCCACCACAAUGCCCUGAGGGGCCCUCCUGGCUCUUCAGUUCCCAUUAUUUGAAACACUUCAGUACCUCCCUGGGGAUUUAUCCAUAAUAGCACUUGCCCCAUCUAGGGACCACUAGUGUGGCUAGACUUAGUGAGAGCUGAUAGAACUGAAAGUUUCUUCCUAAAAAGUAGCUCCCUGGGGAUUUAUCCAUAAUAGCACUUGUCUCCUCUAGAGACCACUAGUGCAGCUAGACUUAGUGAGAGCUGAUAGAACUGAAAGUUUCUUCCUAAAAAUAUUCAGGUCUCACUUGGGUUAUGAACCUAUGGAUGGAGCUCGACAGGAGUUGCAAAAAAAAGUCUUGUUUCCCCUCCCAUCUCUACAACAACCCCUCCAAUCCUCACACUUCCACUUUCUCCAUGCGUUCUUGCUUAUACAUGUUUUGCAUCCCACCUAUUUACAAGCAUGCCUACUUAUUACAGUCCACUAAUCUCAUCAGCUGAAAUAUCACGUCAUCACCUUAUUUUACUUUCCUUUUAGUGUCUUGGUUUCUCUUUGCACUGAACACCAAAUUACAAGAAAGCUUCAAAUAUGCCCGAAGUAACAGUCCUUGAUUAUGGAGCAGGGAAUAUCCGAAGCCUUGUCAAUGCUUUGAAACUCCUUGGGUAUAGUGUAACCUUUGUAAAAGAAGCUGGAGAUAUUCUAAGAGCUGAAGGACUAAUUUUCCCAGGUGUUGGAGCAUUUGGAAGUGCUAUGGCUCUCCUUGAACGCAGUGGUUUUGUUGAACCACUCAAGACCUACAUUCAACAAGACAGGCCUUACUUAGGAAUUUGUCUUGGUCUUCAGACCUUAUGUAAGGGAAGUGAAGAGUCCCCUGGAACAGAAGGCUUAUCUCUAAUACCUGCAACUGUAUCACACUUCAACAAGGCAAAAGGUCUUGCUGUUCCUCAUAUGGGAUGGAAUGGACUUAAAAUUCACAAGGGAUCUGAUCUUUUUCCGACUGGUUUCUCCAGUGAAGAAAAGGUAUACUUUGUUCACUCUUAUGCUUUACAUUUAGAAAGCAAAGAGCUGGAUGAUUGGGUUCUUGCCACUACUGACUACGGAGAGGAGUUUGUCAGCAUUGUGCAGAAAGGAAACAUUGUUGCCACUCAGUUUCACCCUGAAAAAAGUGGCAGUUUGGGAAUAAAAAUAAUUAAGAACUUCUUGAAUAACUUUCCCAUCGGUAACAAGCCUGUUACCAUUCCAUGUGAACUGCCAGUUGUCAAUGAAUUCACUCAGCUUGGUUGUCGUGUAAUUGCUUGUCUUGAUGUCCGAAACAAUGACCAAGGUGACCUGGUAGUGACUAAAGGCGAACAGUAUGAUGUGAGAGAACAGUUUAUCAUGGAGAGUAAUCAACCUGCCGCUAAACCAAAAGGUGCUGUGAGAAACCUGGGCAAACCUGUUGAGCUGGCACGCCGGUACUACAAGGAAGGAGCAGAUGAAAUAGUGUUUUUGAAUAUCACAAGCUUCAAAAACUGUCCACUUAACGAUCUUCCAAUGUUAGAGGUUCUUCGUCAAGCGUCUGAGAAUAUUUUUGUUCCCUUGACUGUUGGAGGUGGAAUUCGUGACAUGCAGGUGCCGGGCAAUAACAGUGACCCCUCCACAAUAAAGCAUCACACUGCUGUUGAAGUAGCAGCUGAAUACUUCAAAUCUGGAGCAGACAAGGUAUCCAUUGGCAGUGAUGCAGUGUAUGCAGCAGAGAACCACAUUUCAUCUGGUGGGGUCAUGACAGGCAAAACUUCCAUUGAAACAAUAGCUUCUGCAUAUGGUCAGCAAGCAGUAGUGAUCUCUGUGGACCCAAAGAGAGUGUAUGUUACAUCCCCUGAUGCUGUGCAGCAUCAUGUCAUCAAAACAAAAUACCCUGGUCCAGGAGGUGAGGAAUUCUGUUGGUACCAAUGUACAGUGAAAGGCGGGCGGGAGACACGAGAUAUUGGAGUGUAUGAAAUGGUGCAGGCAUGUGAAGCUCUUGGUGCUGGAGAGAUUAUGCUCAACAGUAUCGACAAAGAUGGGACCAAUAAUGGAUAUGACCUUGAAUUGGUUUCCAUGGUGAAGGCAGCUGUUGGUAUCCCUGUGAUUGCCUCUAGUGGUGCUGGUCAUGUUACUCACUUUUCCGAGGUGUUCCAGACUGCCCAUGCAGAUGCUGUGCUUGCUGCUGGAAUAUUCCAUCGAAAUACUGUUUCUAUCACUGAUGUUAAAAAGCACUUACUAAGUGAAGGAAUUCCAGUCAGGAUGGAUACAGAAAAUUGAAAACCUUCCACCAGUAUAUGGUUGCAUUCUCGUGUACAGAAGUAAUGCACUCAUAGUUCCAGAUCAGUUUUAAAGGGAAGGUGUCAAGGAUUUCUGGGUUCUUGUAGUCAAACUUAUCAGGUUCACCCGAGACCCCUUUCCUAUUUGGAAUUCUGAUAUGUAAAAGAAAAAUUCUUGGUAAAACUAGUUAUUAUUUAAUUAAUAAUAAGCUUAUCUGUAAC